AUGCAAGAUCUUAGGCAACAAACCCUAGAGAAAAUACAAUUCCUAAAGGACAGCAGAUACAAUGUUGUAGAGAUUUGGACGUGUGACAUUGAGCGUCAACUUGCCACUGAAGCAGAGAUCAAGGAUUUCUUCGAAAAUUUUGAAAUAUCUGAACCUCUGGAACCUUGUCAUGCAUUCUUUGGUGGCCGUACAAACGCUGUACGCCUUUACCACGACAUCCAGCCAGAAGAGAAGAUCCGCUACGUGGAUUUCUGCAGCCUCUACCCAUGGUAUGUAUCUUGUUAAAAACUUUUAACUCAAACGUGCUUGUCGUUAACCUUCUUAUUUAGCAAUUUUAGGUGUAACAAAUACGGCGAGUAUCCUAUUGGCCAUCCUGAGAUUAUCACCGAGAACUUUCAACCUAUCAGUGAGGACUUUGUCUUGGUGAAAUGUUCUGUGCUCCCUCCUCGUGCCCUAUACCACCCCAUCCUCCCUUACUGUACUCAGGGUAAAUUGAUGUUCCCACUUUGCCGUACCUGUGCCGAUAACCUUCAGCAAGAACUGUGCCAUCACAGCGACGCCGAGCGAACACUUUAUGGGAUGUGGGUGACAUUGGAGCUUGAGAAAGCACUAGAGAAAGGCUACAAAUUGGUGAAAAUCGACGAAGUUUGGCAUUUCCCCGAGCACACAGAUGGACUGUUCAAAGAUUAUAUUGAUACCUUCCUCAAAAUCAAGCAAGAGGUAAAGGUUUUAGCACUAUCAUCACAUGUGUAAUACUAUCACCCAAUAAACUUACUUUCAUUUGGACGUCAACGUGAGACACUUUUGUGCGAAAAUUGAACUAUCCUUGCAAUAUUCGUUAUGGUUUAGAGUUCAAUAUCAAACAAAAGAGCCUGCAUUUAGUGUUGUGCAUCCUUGCUGGUGACAUAGCUACGAACGCUGGUCCCACUACUACUAUAGCAAAUGCACAGUUUGGUAACUUAUGUAGAUCACAUAUACAAGCUCCUGCGAUUCAGCGCUCUAAAAAUGAGUUUGGUCCAUUGCAUCGCUCUUGCUAAUAUGAUGUCUCUUGCGCCAAAGAUUGACGAACUGAGAUGUUUUGAUAACGAUACAAAACCGGAUUUAAUUUCACUAAUUGAAACCUGGCUUAAUGACUCUGUUAGCGAGCAUCAUAUUACCAUUCCUGGUUUUAAUUUAUUAUUAAAGAACCGUAGCUCUGGUGUGAAUGGAGGUGUUGGACUAUAUGUUAAAAGUUCCAUCCAGUUUAAGGCACUGACUGACAUCUACCACCCUGAGCUUGAGGUGCUAUGGACAUACGUCAAACCUGUGUGACUUCCAAGAGGUAUCCCUUGUAUAGUAUUUGGAACAGUGUAUCACACCCACUAUCCUCUAGUUGCCAGUGACAAUGUGAUGUUGGAUUACCUCGUUUCAUCGCUGAUAACUAUCGAAGGAUGUUACCCUGGUUGUGGCAUAUUGCUUACUGGUGACUUUAAUCGUUUGAACUUAAGUUGUCUCCUUACGCAAUUCAAGCUAAAACAACUUGUCCAUGGUCCAACGAGAGGUGAGCGGACUCUCUACCUCAUUAUUAUGAACAUGCCUCAACUGUAUGAGAAGAACUCUGUUCAAAGCUUUCCACCUUUCGGGUUAUCACAAACUUCACCAUCUUCUGCCACCCAAGAAUAUCUCCGCAUAUAAUCUGAGAAGACAGCGACCUUUUGACUGUCCGACCACACAAACAAAUCGUUUUAGGAACACUUUUGUUGUUUCUAUGUCAAAGGAGUAGUUUAAAAGUAUAUUGGUGGGGUUCUGAUAUGACUUCCACCACCUUUGCCGCUGCCUCACGUUAACCUUUUGCUUUUUAUGCAUAUUUUUGUUGUUUUUUUAGUUGUGCUUACAACUUUGGUCGAUUCUUAUUUUAGCGGGUGGUGGUGGUGGGGUGUUAUCUGAAAUUGCGCAGAUAUCAUAUAAUAUGUAAUACUAUUACAUUCAUUAAUAUGUAAUUGUUUUUAAUUUGUUUGCAAUAUGUAAGUUUUGUUAAUUUUAUGCAAUUCAGCCAAUUCGGCUGCCAUGUAAAAUCUAUUAAACAAUCAUCUAUCUAUCUUUUCCAGGCGAGUGGGUUUCCUCCAGAACGUGACACCGACGAGAAGAAGGGGCAGUAUAUCGUUGACUACGCUGCAAAAGAAGGUAUUCAGCUGGAUCCAAGACAAAUUGUCAAUAAUCCUGGUCUGAGGGCAUUGGCCAAGCUCAUGUUGAAUUCUUGCUGGGGUAAGUCUACACAGUUGCUAACGAAGUUCAGGAAACGAGCAUAUGUUAAAAACCUAUCAUUUCUUGUAGGGAAAUUUGCGCAAUGGCCCAAUAUGACAAAGGUCAAAAUCAUUUCGGAUUCAGCUGAAUACUUUGAUCUCCUGUCCAGCGACCAUCCAGCAAUUAACAUCACUGACGCGAACUUCAUCAACGACAAGCUCAUCAAAUCCACUUCGAAAACGUCGACAAAUUUGUAGAGGCCAACGGAAAGCGAAUGUGGUCAUCGCGGCAUUCACCACAGCCCACGCCCGCCUCAAGCUCUAUGGCAUCCUGGAGCAAUUAAAUCGCUGCGUCUUGUAUUUCAAAACAGAUUCGGUGAUCUAUGUUUUGCGAGAUGGAGAAUGGGAACCGCGGACAGGUUCCUAUCUUGGCAAACUAGCAGAUGAGCUGGAUGGAGCUCACAUUACCACCUUUGUGUCAGGAGGCCCUAAAAACUAUGCCUAUGAGAUGAACAAUGACAAAACAGUGUGCAAAGUUAGAGGGAUCACCCUCGACUACAAGACCCAGCAACAUGUCCAUUUUUACGUCAUAUCUGACAUGGUCAUGGGUGAAGGUCCCGAGAAAGUAACUGUAAACAUGCUCUAUAAAAUAACUAGGGAGACAAAGGAGAAAAGUGUAAAGACGAGGAGUGAAGACGAGGAGUGA